AUGAACGAAAAAUAUAAUUUCUCUUUUAAAUGUCCGCACUGCCACGCUCCAAUUCAGGCUGCUGAUUUCACCCAAGACCAUUUUACUGUGGCCUAUUUACAGGAAUAUUUUCAAACCAAAGAAACUGAAUAUAAAUCACAACUACUCCUAAAAAUGGGGCAAGAAAUCGAAAAUUUUCCCUUAUUUCAGCAACUAAAAGCCGAGAAUGAAAAGUUAAAAUUGGUCGUGGAGGGUUAUAAACUAGGCUCUUCUAAGUCCAGUAAGGAAAAAGGGGAAGACCUGGAAAAACACAUUUUGGAGAAAUUACAAGAGACUUACAACGGAACUGACAAAAUUGCUAAAAUUACUCAUUUAGGAGAUAAGGCUGAUUUUGCCCAAGAAAUUUGGCAAGGGAAAGAGGUGGUUGGCAAGAUUAUUUACGAAGUAAAAAAUGUUGAUAAAUGA